UCCUUUCCUCAGACGGCCACAGUACUCCUGCUACCUGCCGUCCACCAGCCGCGUCAAGAACACCGAGGAGAACCAGGCAGGGGGUCCUACACACACUUCCCUCCCAAGGACACGGCACUCCUUCCAGGGGACAGCCAGCAGGGACCCUCCCUUACACCUCCAGACAGACUUACAACCAGACUUCAGACCUCUCCUUGACUAAACUGACAGCAGAGCAAGGUGUCACUACUGCACCCCUCGAACCCUCAGCACCCCCCCCUCACCGUGCCGGACCCCCCUAGGGUGAGGUAGUGACAUGGAGCUACCCUGCCUGCCCACCGAAACCCCCACCACAGCCAGCUCCUGCUCCACCGACCCCCUGUACGACAACUGUCUACCCCACGCCGGGAGAGGGAGGGAUAGAGGGUUUAGGGAGAUGGAGAGAAAAAGGGAAAGUGGGGGACUUUGCAACCCUGCUGUAACCGGAAUCCUUCACCCCUCCUCCCUCCCUGGCCUGGCCCCAGCUGCAGCUGUGGUUCCCACACUGGGAAUGGGGAGAGAUGGAAGAGGAGGGGAGAGAGGGGCUGGCGUGCUGCCAGCUCACAGUCACUGCAGCUGGGGAAGCCUGGGAAGGCAGGGCUGGGACAUGGGGACAAACAGAGGAGAGAGAGGACGAGAGAGAGGAGGAGGGAAUAAGGGAGUGCAGGAGGUGGAGAGCGUUCGGCAUCAGCAGAGCCCCAGCCCGAGCCACAGCGACACACACGAGAGCGCUCUUUCCGUCUACGACAACCUUCACGCCGUGACCCCUACCGAGGACGCUGCCAUGGAAACCACUGUGACUUUCCCCACGCCCCAGCGCUUCCUGAGGGUCCCGGUGCCGGUCUCGGGGUUGAUGGAGGAUGGAGGGGUCAGCGGGGAGAGUAGCUCCUGGUCUUCCUGUGAAAUCCUCCUUGCAGGGAGCAGUGCCAGCAAUGUACCAGACCAGUACCAAGACCUUGACCCAGAACUGGACUUUAACCAGGACGAGCCCAUGUUCCAACUCCAGCCAUUGAUCCAUCCACAACCCCAUCGACCAGAUAACUUCUCCCAUCUCCAGCCCCUUGUCCCACCUCUACAGGCUUCUGCCGCCCAUCCAGUAGAGCCUCUMCAGCCUUCUGGUCCUAUCCCUGUACCUGUCCCUGGGGCCCGGGUUCCCCCUCCCCUGCCCUUGGCAGACCCCUCAGCCAGCGCCCUCCGCAGCCUCCUCACCAGCCUCCAGCAGCAGAUAGCCAGGCAGAGAGAGGAGUAUGAGGAACGCAUACACAGUCUGGAAGAGAGGAACGAGGCUCUCCAGGUAGAGGUGUUUGACCUCCGGGCCAGCCUGGCUCAGCAGAGGCGGUGGUACUCUGUGGUCCAGGCUAAGAUCUUGGAGUCAGAGAGGGGCCGUGCUGCAGCAGACCUCCGAAACGCAGCCCUGCAGAGGGAGAUGGAGCAGUUCUUUGACACCUUCGGAGAGCUCAACAACGAGGCCAAGAAGACGGAGAAAAUUGUCAGGAGUUUCUGAGACUGACCUUUGGCCGAGGGGUGUGUACUGUAUGUGCCGAGGAAGUGAAGUAUGUAUGAUGAGAUUGGAAGUGAUAAGACACUGUCUUUAAACUAAGACUAUUUACACAAUCUUUAAGGCCAGCUGGAGAGGAACCAUUUGAGUAUGAAGCGCUGAAGCCUUCAGGAAUUCUAAUGGAUUAUGGAAAGGUUAAUUAUCAGAAAUGUGCAUAUUCAUAAGCUACAGUAUCUUGUCCAUGGAUUCAGACCACGGGCUCAUACACCUUUAUCUUGCGUCAUGUUUACCUCAUCUUUGAUGAUUAUACCACACCUCUAUUAGCACUUUCUAAUGCUGGGUCGGGAUCUGGAACWGCCGAUUUGCCA